CAGGCUAAAAUAUCAUAUACCGGCAAGUUAAUGGCGGAUGUUGAAUUUCAAUAUGAUGACUCUGCAGUUAUAAGAGAUAAAUUCAAUUUUGGGCAAUUUCCUAUAAUGUUAAAGUCUAAACGUUGUCAUCUACGAGAUGCUGAUCCCCAAAAAUUAAAAUCUUUCAAGGAGGAGGCAUCAGAAGUUGGUGGUUACUUCAUUCUGAAUGGGCUGGAGAGAGUUUUUCGAGCUGUAAUAUUACCGAAGCAAAACUAUCCAAUGAGUAUGGUUCGGAAUUCCUUUCGUGAUCGGCGAGAAGGAUAUACUAAUAAAGCAGUUGUCUUGAGGUUGCUGGACAUAAGGCAUAGCAAUGGUAAGUUGUUGGACAUAGGAUAUAGUAUUGAAAGGUUGCUAGACAUAGGAUAUAGAGUUCUGCUAGCAGUACAGAGUUCAAGUGUUCAUGAAAAUUCAAUAAUGCAUCAUUCUGUCUCUCCAAACGCAUCUCAUGUAUUUGAAGCAAAAGCUGAGCUUCUUGAAAAGAGGCAUUAA